AUGGCGUCUGACCAGGUGCGUGUCACCACCCGGCACACGCUGCACUGCGCCAACGAAGCGACAGUGGACACACUGGAGUCCCCUUUCUGCUUGGGUCCGAUGGACUACAUAGUCCCCUCUACGUUGCCCAUUGAAGCAAUCUUCGUCUACAAGAAGCCCCUGUCAUCACCGCCAGACAAAUUCUUUGUCGUGGACCGACUCAAGCAAGCAAUAUCCCAUCUUCUCGACUACUACCCUCACUUGACAGGUCGACUGCAGCAAAACCCCACAACCCAUGCUCCAGAGAUUUGUCAUCUGGCAGCUGGAGUAGAUCUCUGGGAGGCAUGUUGCAGCGUGACUCUCCGAAGUAUCGCCGCGUCAAGUCUGUCUGGGCGAAUCAUCACCCCAAAGCUUCCCGGUGACGGCGAUGCACUUCUCCCAAUCUUUCAUGCGACAGUGGGCUCGAUUUCACACAACGCUAUCUUCGCCAUUCAGCUCACCCGAUUUGCCUGUGGGGGAGUCAGCCUGGGGAUUCGAAUUCACCACCAGGUGUGCGAUGCCCAAGGGUUCUUCCAGGUUGUUCGCGAUCUUGCUGAGAUUUACCGACAACUGCGCGACUCUUCCCCUCCAACACUUGUCUAUCCUCCUGAGAUCCGCUCCCACUUUCGAAGCUCUGGCAAACUCUCCCCGAAAAUAGAAAAUCAAGCCCCUGCGUUCAAACCACCAGACUUUUAUCUCCAAAGCGAGGACGACGAAGAUGUAUUAGAAGAAAGCACAGACGAGGUCACAGCCGAGGUCACAGCUCGGGUGCUUCGCUUCUCCGGUGCAGAUUUGCUUGCGUUGAAGGAAGCUGCCACCAAUCCUGACCCCUGGAGUAACACACGGGUCUCUACGUUCGAGGCCCUUUCGGCAUACUUGUAUCAACGAGUGUACCAAGCCAAAGUCCAGCUGCUAGAAAGCUAUGGCAUGUCUGCUCAGGAAUUGCAAUGCCAGCCACUUCGCAAGUUCUUGACGGCAAUGGACAUGCGAGACCCAGAUCGUCUGAACCUACCACCACACUAUUUGCCGAAUGCUGUCUAUUGCCCUUCCACUCAGUCUUCGCACGAGCAUCUCAUGGGAAGGGAACUCUAUCACGUUGCAUAUAACAUCCAUGAUACCAUUCGAUCCGUUGAUGUCAUGGAUGUCAAGCAGCAAUUUCAAUGGAUUGCCGCCCAGCCUGACCAAAGUCGUGUGAAGCCCACAGACGAAUUUACGGAAGGGAAUCUCAUUGUCUCGCAGUGGACCAGGGAGAAUACAUAUGUUGGUGUUGACUUUGAGGUUCGCCGGAACGGCAGACCUGUCUCGCCCUCUUUGGUCUCCCCGCCUCUCAGUGGACCUUAUCUGAUGGAUGGUCUGGCGAUGGUAAUUUCAACGGACGAAAAGGCUGUUACGGAUAGAGUGAACUGUGACCGACCCGCCGGAUCAAAAAACCCCUAUGCCCUUGAUGUGAAUCUGGCACUGAACGACGAGAUCUGGCCAUUUCUCGACCGGGACAUCAAUUUCUUGAAGUACAUUUCCUGA